AUGUCUGACGCGGAUAUCGAGGCCGUUCGCCGGCUCCAAGCGGAGCGCAAUGCUGCAGCUGCUAGUAAAAAAGGUUCUAGGACCUUUGACUCAUCUAGUCAGCGCACUGACAAUUCGACCAAGGCUUCCCUUACCGAAUCCUUCGAUACCACCUUAUACGAGCGUGAAGGAGCAAGCAGAUUCUCCGGCUAUGAUACAUCGAUCGCUGUGAACGGAGAAGAUGAAGAUAUGGAAGACGCGAACGGCGGCCAUAACUUGGUCGGCCAAUACACCGCAACCCGAAGCCAGAUUGACGAGAUGGCGCAAGGCAAUGGGGUGGAAGAGGAAGACAUUCUGUUAGGCCGUGAGAAGGCCGCUCGUAUCGCUGACCGGGAGACUGACUAUCAGAAGCGUCGAUUCAACCGCGGAGCUUUGACCCCGACACGCGCCGAUCCUUUCGCUGCCAAUGCCCAAGCAGACGUCGAAGGAGAUGGCCAGACCUAUCGCGAGGUCAUGGCUCUCCGCGAGCUCGAGAAGGAGGAGGAGCGUGUCCAGAAGCUGAUUUCAGAGAAGCGUGAGCUUGGUGAAGAUGUCUCCGAGCACGAGGCGUCUCUGAAGAUGCUGGAAGGCGAUAAAGAGAACGUCGAUACCGGUGCAAUUGGCGAGGUUGCGGGUAGAAAGCGCAAGAAGCGCUGGGAUGUUGCUGACGAGGCUUCCGGUGGAGAAACAACACAAGAAUCCGACGAGGCAAAGACCAAGAAGUCUCGAUGGGACCAAACUCCUGUCCCUGGUGCACCAGACGAAGGUUCCAAGCGCCGCUCACGAUGGGAUCAAGCCCCCUCUCUUACUGCUGCCACUCCUGUUGGCAACCAAGGUCUUGCCACUCCUAUGCAUCCAUCUCAGGGCGGCGGGGCUUUAGCACCUUCUAGUUUUGGUACUGAUAUUUCCGCAAGAAAUGCCAUGUGGUCGGAUGAAGAACUGGACAUGAUGCUUCCCACGGAAGGAUACAAGAUCUUGGACCCUCCUCCUGGAUAUGAGCCGAUCAGAAACCCUGCUCGUAAGACGAUGGCCACACCAGCACCUAUGGGUGGUACUGUUGGCGGGUUCAUGAUGCAGGAGCCUGAAAGCAUCCGCUCUAUGGGCAAGGAACUUCCCACCGAUAUCCCUGGAGUUGGUGACUUGCAGUUUUUCAAGCCAGAGGACAUGGCUUACUUUGGAAAGCUGAUGGAAGCUGGGGAUGAAGCCUCCAUGAGUGUCGACGAUCUCAAAGAGCGAAAGAUCAUGCGAUUGUUGCUGAAAGUCAAGAACGGUACACCACCUAUGCGUAAGACUGCAUUGCGUCAACUCACCGACAAUGCACGAAACUUUGGGGCUGGGCCCUUAUUCAACCAGAUCCUUCCAUUGCUCAUGGAGAAGUCUCUGGAGGACCAGGAACGUCACUUGUUGGUGAAGGUUAUUGACCGAGUGCUCUACAAGCUGGAUGAUCUGGUUCGGCCAUACGUCCAUAAGAUUCUUGUUGUCAUUGAGCCACUGCUCAUCGAUCAAGACUACUAUGCUCGUGUCGAGGGUCGGGAAAUUAUCUCUAAUCUUGCCAAGGCUGCUGGUCUGGCCACUAUGAUCAGUACCAUGCGUCCAGAUAUUGACCAUGUUGACGAGUACGUGCGAAACACCACUGCGCGUGCCUUCGCCGUAGUAGCUUCUGCUCUCGGUAUUCCCGCCCUUCUUCCAUUCCUUCGCGCCGUUUGUCGCAGCAAGAAGUCCUGGCAGGCCAGGCACACGGGUGUGAAGAUUGUCCAACAAAUUCCUAUUCUCAUGGGUUGUGCGAUUUUGCCCCAUCUGAAAGGCCUGGUUGAAUGUAUCUCAGACAAUCUUAGCGACGAACAAGCCAAGGUUAGAACGGUCACUGCACUAGCCGUUGCUGCCCUGGCUGAGGCUGCCAAUCCCUACGGUAUUGAAAGCUUCGAUGAGAUCCUGAACCCUCUCUGGACCGGUGCCCGCAAGCAGCGUGGUAAGGGUCUCGCGGCUUUCUUGAAGGCUGUUGGAUACAUCAUCCCACUUAUGGACGAAGAAUACGCCAAUUACUACACUACUCAGAUCAUGGAGAUUUUACUUCGUGAAUUCUCGUCUCCAGAUGAGGAAAUGAAGAAGGUAGUUCUCAAGGUGGUGUCUCAGUGCUCUAGCACCGAAGGUGUUACUGCUGGUUAUUUGAAGGAGCACGUCUUGACCGACUUCUUCAAGAGUUUCUGGGUCAGACGUAUGGCUCUUGACCGGAGAAACUAUCGCCAGGUUGUAGACACAACCGUCGACUUGGGUCAAAAGGUCGGCGUUGGUGAGAUCCUCGAGCGGGUCGUUAACAACCUGAAGGAUGAGAGCGAACCCUACCGCAAGAUGACAGUGGAGACUGUUGAGAAGCUAAUCGCCUCGCUGGGCGCAGCAGACAUCUCUGAGCGUCUGGAGGAGCGAUUAAUUGACGGUGUUCUCUACGCCUUCCAGGAACAAAGUAUCGAGGAUAUUGUUAUUCUCAAUGGAUUCGGAACAGUGGUUAAUGCUCUCGGAACUCGCUGCAAGCCUUACCUUCCCCAGAUCGUCAGUACCAUUCUCUGGCGGUUGAACAACAAGUCUGCAACUGUCCGACAACAAGCGGCAGAUCUUAUUUCACGCAUUGCGAUGGUUAUGAAGCAGUGUGGUGAAGAUGCUCUCAUGGGUAAGCUCGGCAUUGUGCUUUACGAAUACCUUGGUGAAGAAUACCCUGAGGUUCUGGGAUCAAUUCUGGGUGCCUUGCGAUCUAUUGUCACUGUCGUCGGCAUCAACCAGAUGCAGCCUCCUAUUCGCGACCUUCUCCCUCGUCUGACACCCAUUCUCCGUAACCGUCACGAAAAGGUGCAGGAAAACACAAUUGAUCUGGUUGGUCGUAUUGCCGAUCGUGGUCCCGAGUCUGUGAAUGCUCGUGAAUGGAUGCGUAUCUGUUUCGAGUUGCUGGACAUGCUUAAGGCUCACAAGAAGGGCAUUCGUCGUGCAGCCAACAACACCUUCGGUUUCAUUGCUAAGGCCAUCGGUCCCCAGGAUGUGUUGGCAACCCUCUUGAACAACCUUCGUGUGCAGGAGCGUCAGUCUCGUGUUUGUACAGCUGUCGCCAUUGGUAUCGUGGCAGAAACCUGUGCCCCCUUCACCGUCCUUCCAGCUUUGAUGAACGAGUACCGCGUUCCUGAGUUGAACGUUCAGAACGGUGUUCUCAAGGCCAUGUCUUUCUUAUUCGAAUAUAUUGGUGAGAUGGCAAAGGACUAUGUCUACGCUGUCACUCCUUUACUCGAAGACGCCCUCAUUGAUCGUGAUCAAGUCCACCGACAGACCGCCGCCAGUGUAGUCAAGCACAUCGCUUUAGGCGUUGUUGGUCUUGGCUGCGAGGAUGCGAUGGUCCACCUUCUCAACCUUGUGUUCCCCAACAUUUUCGAGACCAGCCCUCACGUCAUUGACCGAAUUAUUGAGGCUAUCGAUGCUAUUCGCAUGGCAGUUGGAGCAGGAACUGUUAUGAACUACGUCUGGGCAGGAUUAUUCCAUCCCGCUCGCAAGGUACGCACACCAUACUGGCGCCUAUACAACGACGCAUACGUACAAGCAGCCGAUGCGAUGGUUCCAUAUUACCCCAGUGUUGAAGACGAUGGCAUGGAUCGACCGGAGUUGUCUAUCAUUGUCUAA